CUCAGCAGCACUCAAUCAAACCAAAAUAAAGGCACUAAAACCUAGUCCCACACUCCCUUUGGCUAUUCAUAGUCCAAUCCCCAGCCACCACCACCACCACCCCUUAUCCCCUCAAUUUCCGAUGGCCACAACCGCCUUCUCCACCGCCGCAGCCUCCGCCUAUCCCACUUCCUCCGCCAGGACCGCCACCCGCCUCUCGCCGCCGUCUAAGCCCUUCUCCUCCAUCUUCCCUAAAACCCUCCAAAAACCCCUCCAGACAACCCACUCGAAGAAUAACCCCAUCUCAGAUAUCAUCUCCACCUACAAAAAUUCAACCAACACCGAAACCACAAUAUUUUCCGACGAUGAUGACGACAAACCUAGGGAAGAGUGCGGCGUGGUCGGAAUCUACGGCGACCCGGAGGCCGCGCGCCUCUGCUACCUCUCCCUCCACGCGCUCCAGCACCGCGGCCAAGAGGGCGCCGGCAUCGUCUCCGUUCACGACAACAUCCUCCACUCCGUCACCGGCGUCGGCCUUGUCUCUGAGGUUUUCAGCGAGUCAAAAUUGGCUAAAUUGCCCGGAGAUAUAGCCAUCGGCCACGUCAGAUACUCCACCGCCGGUUCCUCCAUGCUGAAAAACGUUCAACCCUUUGUCGCCGGUUACAGAUUCGGCUCCGUGGGGGUCGCCCACAAUGGCAAUUUGGUAAAUUACCAAUCUCUCCGAGCGGAGCUCGAAGAAAACGGGUCCAUCUUCAACACCAGCUCCGACACGGAGGUAGUUCUUCACCUGAUCGCCAUUUCCAAGGCGAGGCCUUUCUUCAUGAGAAUAGUCGAAGCUUGCGAAAAGCUCGAGGGAGCUUAUUCAAUGGUGUUCUUGACCGAAGACAAGCUAGUUGCAGUGCGGGACCCGUUUGGUUUCCGGCCAUUGGUAAUGGGUCGAAAAAGCAACGGAGCUGUUGUCUUUGCUUCGGAGACGUGCGCUUUGGAUUUGAUCGAAGCCACAUACGAACGAGAGGUUUAUCCGGGCGAAGUUCUUGUGGUGGAUAAAGAAGGUGUUCAAUCCCUUUGCUUAAUGCCUCACCCGGAGCCCAAGUCUUGCGUUUUCGAGCACAUUUACUUCUCUCUACCGAAUUCCGUGGUUUUCGGGAGGUCCGUUUAUGAAUCCAGGCACGCGUUUGGAGAGAUUUUAGCUACCGAAGCACCGGUCGAUUGUGAUGUAGUGAUUGCUGUGCCUGAUUCUGGUGUCGUGGCUGCAUUGGGUUACGCUGCGAAAGCUGGGGUGCCGUUUCAACAGGGUUUGAUUAGGUCACACUACGUGGGGAGGACUUUUAUCGAGCCUUCGCAGAAGAUUCGAGACUUUGGCGUGAAGCUGAAAUUAUCACCCGUGCGUGCGGUGUUGGAGGGCAAGCGUGUGGUUGUGGUGGACGAUUCGAUUGUUAGGGGGACCACUUCUUCCAAGAUUGUGAGACUGUUGAAAGAGAGCGGUGCGAAGGAGGUGCACAUGAGAAUUGCGAGCCCUCCGAUUAUUGCUUCGUGUUACUAUGGAGUUGAUACGCCUAGUCCAGGUGAGUUGAUUUCGAAUAGGAUGAGUGUGGAUGAGAUCAGGGAGUUUAUUGGUUCGGAUUCGCUUGCGUUUCUGCCCAUGGAUAAGUUGACGGAGUAUUUGGGGGGUGAUGCGAAGGGGUUUUGUUAUGCUUGUUUUUCGGGGAAUUAUCCGGUGGAGCCGAAGGGGAAGGUGAAGAGGAUUGGGGAUUCGCUUGAUGAUGGGUUGACCGGGAGUAUGGAGUCUAUUGAUGGGGGGUGGCUCCCUGAAACUGGGAAUGAAAUGGGGGUGGAAAAGGAGAUUAAAUUAUCUGCCUAAUAUCAUUUUAAAUUGGGAUGUAGUACUUACUCUCUGCAUAAUUUAUCUGAUUAUACAUCUUUUUUUAUGAUCAUGGGAAGGUGGGGAAGAAUUCAUAGUUGGAUUGAUGAAGGAACACAUGUUUUGUGCAAUUUUGCUGCAUUGUUUUAUGUAUGGGGAUGCUGAAACAAUUGCUCAUACAACAAUUUUGUUUAUGAUUUAUGUAAUCCUAAUCAUGGUUUAAUUUAUGGGUGCCAAUUUCGAUUCGGUGAGUUUCUUA